AGGAAAAGAAAAAAAAUACAAAAUGCCUCAAAGAAAAUUUAAAAUAUUUAUUAUACACUGUUACAAAGAAUUAAAACCCCAAUUAUUUUCAUAAAUUUGUACACUUAUGGUUGGAGAAAGCAGAUGUGAGAUGAAAGACUCGAAUAGUAACCCCUCAGGAAGCGAGUUGUGGUCCUUCUCCAAGAGUGAUAAAUUUUCAUAGAAAAACGCAUUGUUCAAAAAUUUGUUCCAAAAGAUGCUCAAAACUAUCACUAGAACAUGUGUCACAAAUUGUAUCAAUAUUCCAGCAUUUUUCAAAUAUCGUAACAUAUUUCAGCUACAAAAAAUCACCAAGUCUGCCAUUUCUCAGAAACAAGUCUGCAUGAUGCCGUAGCAGACUCAAAAGCAUCCGAUACGUAUCCCAAGGACUGUGAAGGGCACAGAGGAGACGGGUUGAACCUGAAAGGGAUAAAUGUUAUUUCUGCUGCGCUACUGUGAAAGCGAGGGGGACCGGCAAAGCCAUAAACUGCUCACAGGGCUCCGAUCAGUCACUGUGUAAUGAUGCACAAGAGUGUCAGGUUACGUUAGAGCAUCCAUUCCGAGAGUCUUAAAAAAAAAAGAAAAUCGCGCUCUAAACGCAAGAUCAAUUGCAUUGGUUAAAAAAAGUGCAACUAAACAUUAGUUAUCCGGGGCACUGUGGGCACCGCUGCGGGGCAGCGCCCGCCACCAGCCCGCUGCGGGAGCGCCGAGCGCUCCGCGGGGCGGGCGCGUCCUCAAGCCUCCGCCGCUCGGUAAAACGCCGCCUACACCAAAACGUGCCAUUUCUGUCCAGUUUGCCAUGCCCUUUCACUUUAUACCUCACAUAACAUCGAGGGGAAUUUUCAAGCCGAAGCGCCCUCAACAAUUAUUCCCUGUCUCUUGACGGGAAGCCGGCGCUCCAGCGGCGGGGGCGAGCCCGGCGGUGGCAGUCCCUUCCCCACGGCAGCUCGGGGCUCUCGGUCCCGCUGUGCGCCGCCAGCCGCGGGGCCCCGCCGCCCUCAGCGCGCCCGCGGCACCUGUUGCGGCGCCCAGCCCUGGGUACGCCGCGCCCUCAGCCCUCCGGCGCCCUCAGCCUCCCGAGCCCUCAGCCUCCCGAGCCCUCAGCCUCCCGAGCCCUCAGCUUCCCGAGCCCUCAGCCCGCGGCGCCCUCAGCCUCCCGAGCCCUCAGCCGCCGGCGCCCUCAGUCCCCCGAGCCCUCAGCAGCCCCCGGCGCCCUCAGCAGCCCGCGGCCGGGGCGGGCAGAGGGGCGCCCCGGGGCCGCGGCGCUCCGCUCCACGCAUGCGUUCCGCUCCCGGGAAUUGCUUCUCCUCGCCGCUCCGCACCAAGUUCCAGUGCGCGGCUCGUCCCCCGUGAGGCGGCGGCCGGGAUGGGGGCGGCUGCGAGGCGGGCCGGCCCGCGGGCGCUGCUGCUGCCGCUGGCGCUGGCCGUGGCGUGCGCGGCGCGCAGCGCCGACGGGCCCAGCAACAUGUCCUACGUGAAGGAGACCGUGGACAGGCUGCUCCAAGGCUACGACAUCCGCCUCCGCCCCGACUUCGGAGGUCCGCCCGUGGACGUGGGCAUGCGGAUAGAGAUCGCCAGCAUCGACGUGGUCUCGGAGGUCAACAUGGACUACACCCUGACCAUGUACUUUCAGCAGUCCUGGAGGGAUAAAAGGCUCUCUUAUUCUGGAAUACCUUUGAACUUAACUCUGGACAACAGAGUGGCUGACCAGCUCUGGGUGCCGGACACGUAUUUCCAAAAUGACAAGAAAUCCUUUGUCCAUGGGGUGACGGUGAAAAACCGAAUGAUUCGACUCCAUCCAGAUGGGACUGUCCUUUAUGGCCUACGGAUCACAACAACAGCUGCUUGCAUGAUGGAUUUACGCAGAUAUCCUCUGGAUGAACAAAACUGCACACUAGAAAUUGAAAGUUAUGGAUACACUACUGAUGAUAUUGAAUUUUACUGGAAUGGAGGAGAGUCAGCAGUAACAGGAGUUAAUAACAUCGAGCUCCCACAAUUUUCUAUUGUGGAUUACAAGAUGGUAUCAAAGAGAGUGGAAUUUACAACAGGAGCAUAUCCUCGAUUAUCACUUAGCUUCCAGCUUAAAAGAAACAUUGGAUACUUCAUUUUGCAAACCUAUAUGCCUUCCACACUGAUCACAAUUCUGUCAUGGGUAUCUUUUUGGAUCAAUUACGAUGCGUCCGCAGCCAGAGUUGCUCUAGGAAUCACGACUGUGCUGACCAUGACCACCAUCAGCACUCAUCUCAGGGAGACCUUGCCAAAGAUUCCCUAUGUCAAGGCAAUCGAUAUUUACCUGAUGGGAUGCUUUGUGUUUGUGUUCCUGGCCUUGCUGGAAUAUGCCUUUGUAAACUACAUAUUCUUUGGGAAAGGACCUCAACAUCAAAAAAAGACAGCAGGCAGGGCAGGACAUGCUACAGGCGAGAAGAGCAGACUGGAAACAAAUAGAAUUCAGGUGGAUGCCCAUGGAAACAUGCUUCUCAGACCACUGGAAACACGGACUGACGCUGGCAGCUCAGAUGUGCUCACGAGCCUGCGUGACCCCCGAGCCGCCGCGUACACGUAUGACAGUGCCAACCUGCAGUACAGAAGGGGCACCUCCAGCAGGGACCUCUACAGCAGGAGUGCUCUGGACAGGCAAAGGCUCCACAGAAAAGGACACUUACGCAGGAGGACAUCCCAGAUCAAAGUCAAAGUCAAAAUCCCUGAUUUGACUGAUGUUAACCUGAUAGACAAGUGGUCCAGAAUGGUCUUUCCCAUCAUGUUUAUUCUUUUCAAUGUUGUUUACUGGCUGUAUUAUGUCCACUAAAUUAUGCAAUAAUGUUACCACAGACUAACAUAAUUACACUUGUUUCUUUUCAUUCUCAGUUUCAUUAACUCUGAAGAACUGCAGUAGCUAUGAUGUUCCAUGUUCCACGUAAGAUACUCUGCCAUGGAACACUUCUAGAUUUAAGCUUUAAAAAAAACCCAACAACCCAACAUAAAUCCAGGGUCACAACAUUUACAUUAGAUAAGUAGAGACUAGCUCUUAAGGAGCAUCUUGAGAAAAAUCGCUCUACCUUGAUUUCUACAAAGUUUAUGCGUCACCCAUGACCUUUCUGUGCCCAAUAUAAUUUUUUUUUUAAGUGGAAAUGUGUCCCACUGUGUUUCUUAUCACAUAUUGGCACCUCACAGCAGCAUGCUUCCAAACAACACAGUGAAACUACUAAUAGUAUCUAUGUCACUGUCUCUCACCAUUUAGAGUAUAGAGAAAUUUGAAGAAAUUACAGUUUAAAGGAUUAUAACUAUUGCACCAUGCUUCACUUCAAAUAUAAUAGUUAUAAUGGGAAGUAUUUCCAUAGUGUGUUUGAGAAGUAUCACUCAAGGAGAAGUCAAAUAACAUUUUCAGAGGCAGAGAUCUUCAAAAGAAGGAAAGGGUAGCAGAGAGAAACCUCCAAGUUUCCAAGCAAGGAAUCAGCUGAUUUGAUCUCAAUGGAAUUCUGUUAUUUCCACAAAGUAGCAAAGUUUAUAUUUAUGAGAAGAAUUGUGCCAUCUGUAAUUUUGUAUUAAAAAGUAGAAAACAAACACACAUUGAUUCCUUGAAGCAACUCAGAGGGAUACCCCAGGCCAAGAUUUUCUUGGCACCAGGUUUCCUGUGGCUGCUAAUUGCAACAUUCUCCCAGAAGUUGGUAGAUGUCUGGGAACGGACCUGAGAAAAUUUCUGCACACAGUUUCCUUCAGAUUUCUUUAUUCCACUGAGAACCAGGAGAUGCAGCUGAGCCCUACAGCACACUGGCAAUGCUGGGUGCACUCCUCCCAAGGAGCUUCCCCUUCUGACCUGGCUGCCUGCUUCCUGACACAACUCCAGCCAAGGAGUCACAGGGAAAGGGCCAGCAACAUCCAUGCCACUGACAGGCAAUAGGUCAGUCAUCUUUGAUCUAUGUUAAAUCCACUUCCCUUCUCUCUUGCCAGUUGUUUCCUAACAGCACUGAAACUAUAUUGCCUAUAUAUAGCAUUUUAUUGAAACUAUUAUCAGUUAAUCUUUUUUCAUAUUGCAAGCAUUUCAUACUUUUAGGAGAGUCAAGACAUACAAGCCAACAGAGUCUAUGUAGGUACUGAGGUGGUACUACCUGUGGAAGCUGGUACAGAAAGAAACAUUGGUCAGGAUACAAACAAAAAAGUGAUGUGGGAAACCUCUUCAGUAGUUUCUCAUUGCCUGGCAGUAAGGGCAGCUGAUGAUCUUAUUGCCAACUGACAUUGAAAUCUCUUUAAUCAGAACAUAAUAAUAAAUUAAACCCUCCUACAUGUUAUGGUUUGUCAUAUUGUGCAAGACCUGAGCCUUCUCACAGACCACAGCCUGCUGCCCCUUCCCUUUCUUUGUGCAGCAGGCUUCUGCAGAAUGAGGUAGAAUCAUAGAAUCACCAAACAAGAAAGGGAAUAGGUUGAAUUUACUCACUACAAAAAUUAUAGGGCUGCAAACCAGGCAUUUAACAUUGCUAAUCUAAGGGAGUCUUUGAAACUAUCCAUUUUCCUGUGGGCUCCAAAGUCCCAGUCUCAUCCUGAGUUCAGUGGAGCACAAUGGUGGUCUCCCCAGGUGUCAUCCCUCUGCUGCUACAACCUUUAACCUCCAGUCUACUAAAGAGUUGCACAAUUUUACAAGAUUAAUCAGCCACUAAGUACAACUUGAGGUGAUUCAGGACUAAUAUUAAUUCAGAUAAAUGCCUCUUGUUAAUAGGCUAUGUCUGCCUAUCUCCUCCCUGAAACAACUCCAAAUAAUUUUUAAACAAGAAUCCCACAUGGGGCAGUUUGAUUAAGUUUUUAACCAUAGUUAAGCCAUGCUUAUAUCAAGAAUAUUUCAGUGGAAACUAACAAUAUUAUUUUGGUAUUGUUAAAUAAAGAAUACAGAGAAUAUAAGGAUGUCUAGCAAACUGAACUUUCCAUAAUUGCAAAAAAUAGCACCAGGAAGGAGACAGCAGUAGGACCAUAUGUGCAGUCCAUUGCAAACACAUAUCCCAUUAAAUAGUCCUGAACUCUUUGAACUGGCACGAGACUUUACAGAGCAAGUCCAUGAGCCAUUGAAUUUGCCUGCUUUGUGAUUGUAUGCAAAAACUACGUCAAAGAAAGUAAUUCAAAGAAAGUAAUGCAUUCUGCAGAUUUCUAGUGUAAAAUACAACAACCAUUGUGUUUUGUAUUACCUGAUUUCCCAAAGAUAUUCACAGACAGACUUCAGGUAAGCAAUUAAGCCUAGCUGAUGCAGCAGUGAAGAGAUACUACAACCUCUCCUUAUAGCUGCAGUGAACAUUUUAGAAGAGCCAACGUCCAACAUGACAUCAAAAAAAUACUUUGGGUUUAAAAAAAAUGGAUUUUUUGUUUUUGAUUACAAGGACAAAGAUCAGCUUUACUGGUCUUCAGCUUUUUUGUUUGUUUGUUUGU